GUCCAAACAGUGAACCCCAGGUCGCCGCUGCUCCCGUCCUCGACGACACACCCUCCUGGGUGCAUGAUGACUGCUCUAGUGUCUCUGCAACAGGCUGCUAUGAGAGUCUCUGCGACUCCAUCUGCUUUACCGUCGACGUCGUCCAGUCCGACAGAGAAUGGUACACCGUUUUAUCAUGGACCUGACGACAUACCCAUUGAUCCAGCCCUUCACGGCCCACAAGUCGACUCGGCAUUGCUGGUGCCUAACAUUGUGACCAACGGCGGCGUCGAGAUUCCAGUCUUACCCGAGCCUCUUCAGAAAAUCUCCAUCCAACCCCACUUGCAAUAUCUCCAGGGCCCGCAAGGCGACCCCUUCGCUCCGCAACCUCCUCCGUCCUACUUCCCGGCGGAGGUCGAGCUCUCGAUACCGCCCAAACCUCCCAAGAAGAAGCGAAAGCCACGUCGUGAGACCGAGUGCGGCCUUUGUGGCGGUGAUGACUCCAAGAACAAGGCAAGCGAGCGCGAGCGUAUGGUAUCAUGUGCAGAUUGCGGUCGUAGUGGGCAUCCUACCUGCUUGAAGCUCACAGAUCAGGCAAAGACAAUUUACUCAUACGAAUGGCAAUGCACCGAGUGCAAGACAUGUGAGGUCUGUCAUGAAAAGGACGGCGAU